UGGGGCCCUGGCAUUUAGCCAAGCAUGCUUAUUUUAAAUAUUCACAAUAAAUCUUGUUUUUAUUUUACAUUCACCAAUUUUGGGGGGAUGGUAUGAAACAUGGUCAAGAGUUUUCAUAUGAACUUGUUAUGUAAUCAGAGUAUCGGUUUAUGACUAGAGGAUGUGUUGAAGCAGUAUUUUAGUGUCUGAUGUCCUGUCUCCAGGAUGCUCUGCUUUUCCCUCAUCGAUGUUGUUCUCUCACUGUAAACACUUCAUCUCUGAACAGCUGAACACAUCUGGGUUUCCUCCACACAACCAGGUGGCUCAUUGAUGGGAGGCAGGCAGACUGAGCAUGCUCAGAAGGGCUCUGCAGAGGAGCAGCUGCGCUCUGCAAGAAUGGAGUUUGUGGAGCGAGUGUCCAAGCCUGUCCUGGAUGAUCUGCUGGAUGGACUCUGCAGGGGGGAGUGAUCAGUGAAGCUGAGAUGGAAGCAGUGAAGAUGGAGGCAGUGAAGGUGGAGGCAAAGAAGGUGGAGGCAGUGAAGAUGAAGGCAGAGGGGAAGGACAGGGCACAGGCCACUGUUGACAUGAUCCUGAAGAAAGGAUCUCCCUCAUGUUUUUUGAUGAAAACUAUGUUGGCUAAUAAUGACCCUGCUUUAUACAAAACUCUCGGCUUCAAAUAAAACAUGAAGAGAACAGUGUCAGAACUAGGAUGAGUGUACAACACCACUGUGUUAGCCAGUUUAUAUUCUACAUGUACAAAUAUAUUAAUUGACCAUUUAAAAACAAAUAAAUAAAAAAUGAAUUUGCAGUGUACUAACAAAUUAUAUUGAAACCAUAUUGUUGACAUGAUUCUAUUAAAUAAAAUACAAAGAUAAUGUAUGAAUUAGUAUUUCAGAUUACGUAACAGCAGGUGUAGAUGGACACAGUACUGUGUAUUCUGUAUCAGCUACACUAUACUGAUGUUCUGAUUUAAUAAAACACCCAGGCCCCUCCUACCUGAUAUUAAGUAGUAAACAGCUCUCAUGAUGGUGUCUAUAUCACUGGACUCUGACCAGUUGCAUUUCCCUGCUCAGUGUACCUGCUACUACAAUGAAUGAAUGAUCAAAUAUAUGACCAGACUUUGACCUGUUCUAUUAUACUGAACUUGAAACUAGAAUGUUCCAGAGACAGACUGGAAACAGCAUAAACAGAUUUCUUCUUCAGCACAAAGGACAAUACCUGCUUGACUUGACGUGUUCGUGAAUUCAGACAAGCAGAGAGCAGAGGAGUAAAGAGAGGAGACAAGCUGCUGGAUUUCAACAAUGGCUUCAGGUGACUCCUUCCAUCUCUCAGAGCUGAGGAUUGUGCUGCUGGGUGCGAGAUAUGAAGGGAAGAGGUCAUCAGGAAAUACCAUCCUGGGCAGAGAAGAGUUUGACCUGACGACAGUUGCUCAGUGUGUGAAGAGACAGGGAGAAGUAGCUGGGAGGCAGGUUACUGUGGUCAACACUCCAUGUUGGUGGAGUGAUCUCCCUGUAGAUAUAACUACUGAGCAGGUUAAACAGGAGAUAUUAUGCAGUGUGUCUCUGUGUCCUCCAGGACCCCACACUAUCCUCCUGGUCAUCAAGCUAGGUGUCUCAUUCAAAGAGGAACACAGAAAAUCAGUAGAGGGACACAUGGAGCUUCUCAGUGAGAGAGUCUGGAGUCACACUAUAGUGCUGUUCACUCGUGGGGACUGUCUGGGAGACACAACCAUUGAGCAGCACAUUGAGAGAGAAGGGAAGGCCCUCCAGUGGCUUAUUGAAAAAUGUGGGAACAGGUAUCAUGUCUUCAACAAUAAGAACAGGGGUGAUGACACUCAGGUCACUGAGCUGCUGGACAAGAUGGAGGAGAUGGUGGCUGGAAACAGUGGAGGCCACUACAAGAUGGACAGAGAGAUCCUGGACAAGAUGGAUGUAUGGAGAAGAACAAAAGAAAUUCGUGCGAAACAGAGGGAGGCUAAGGUGAUGAAGCAGAGAGAGAUCCUCAGAUUAUUCAUCAGUGAAUCCCUCCCUGUCUCAGAGCUGAGGAUUGUGUUGCUGGGGGGGAGAGAUGCAGGGAAGAGGUCAUCAAGAAACACCAUCCUGAGCAUAGAGGAGUUUGAUAGCGCAGAUGCUCAGUGUGUGAAGAGAGAGAGAAAAGUAGCAGGGAGGCAGGUUACUGUGGUCGACACUCCAGGAUGGUGGGGGCAUCUCCCAGUAGAGAGGACUACUGAGCAGGUUAUACAGGAGAUAGUACACAGUGUGUCCCUGUGUCCUCCAGGACCCCACACUCUCCUCCUGGUCAUACGGCUGGAUGUCUCAUUUACAGAGGAAGAAGCCAAUUCUGUAGAGGGUCACCUGCAGCUUCUCAGUGAGAGAGUCUGGAGUCACACUAUAGUGCUGUUCACCUGUGGGGACCGUCUGGGAGACACAACCAUUGAGCAGCACAUUGAGAGAGAAGGAAAGGCCCUCCAGUGGCUUGUUGAGAAAUGUGGGAACAGGUAUCAUGUCUUCAACAAUAAGAACAGGGGUGAUAACACUCAGGUCACUGAGCUGCUGAACAAGAUGGAGGAGAUGGUGGCAGGAAACAGUGGAGAUGUGUUUUACCCUGAGAAGGAUGGAGGUCAAGAAAUGAACUGGGGUUCACCACUGCCUGUAAAAGCAACCAACAGCAUCGACAUCAACCCACCAAGCUUGAGUGGAGACAGCAGAGCUCAGACAGACGAUGAUUCUGGUUGGAGAUCUGAGGCUGGAUCUGAUGCUGGAUCGCUGUGGAGCCCAGAGAAGUGUGGAGGUGGUAGAUCUGAUGUCCUGUCUCUGAGGAGCUCUGGCUACGGCUCCCAGACAUCCAGACCUUCUCACCACAGCUCAGGGAAGAAACGACUGAGAUCUGAGCUUGCUCGGACUGGCUUGGCAGAGAAGCAGCUGCGUUCUGCCAGACAGGCGUUUGUGGAGCGAGUGAAGAUGCCUGUCCUGGAUGACAUGCUGGAUGGACUUCUGCAGGAGGGAGUGAUCAGUGAUGCUGAGAUGGAGGCAGUGAAGAUGGAGGCAGUGAAGAUGGAGGCAGUGAAGAUGGAGGCAGUAAGGAAGACCAGAGCACGGGCCACCAUCGACAUGGUCCUGGAGAAAGGAUCUCCUUCAUGUUUUGUGAUGAAAACUAUGUUGGGUAAUAAUGACCCUGCUUUAUACAAAACUCUUGGCUUCAAAUAAAACAUGCAGAGAACAGUGUCAGACCUACGAUGAGUGUAUGACACCAGUGUUUCAGCCUAGUAGGGAAUAUACUGUAUGUACAAUUUAAAUACAGACACAUCAAAUAUUAAUUUGCAGUAUGCUAACAAAUCAUAUUUUCCAAAUGUAUAUUGAAACUAUAUUGUUGGCAUCAUAAAGAUAAUGUAGAAUAUAAUCUUUGAAAGGUCUUUACUCUUUUUAUACUUUUUUAAGCUGGCAUACGUACAAAUAGACAUUCUCAUUAAAAACCUAAAUUGAUUUGUUGCUAUGAUCCUACAAAUGUUUAUUUAAACUUUUGCCAAUUGAUUUAUCUUAGAUGAAUGGAAAUAAUGUUUUUAUUUUUUAAACUAUCAUUAUGUUUUACAAUAAAGACAACAUGUCAAUAUCAUACAAAUUAAUGUGUAAAUAUGAAAGUUAAGGGUAAAGCAUAUUCCUUAUAUGUGAAAACAUACAUGGUGAUAAACCGGUUUCUAAUUCUG